AUGGGUGUAAGCAGUUGUAUGAGCGUGCGGCAGGCGAGAGGCCCCUGCCACUGUCCCGCGUGCCCCAGGGCUUCGGGACACGGGGCGAUGCCGCCGCAGACCCUCGUCCUGCCGCCGAUGGCUCUGGAGCCGGAGACCACGCCGGUCAAGGACAAGAAGGGAUCGAAAAUGAAGGUCCUGAAGAAGAUUAAGAAGAAAAUCGGUCUCGAAGAUCAGCACUGUAAACAGCAGGAUUCGAACCAGUGCAGUGAUGCAUGCACCUGA